AUGAUCUGCGGCUGGAAGCAGAUCGGAUUGGUGGAGUUGAGUGUGGAUUUGUGGUGGCGGGUAUGGCUAGGGGCGAAAGGGGCAGGUGGGGUGGGACUGUUUACAAAGUUGUGGGGUGUGCGAUCAGAUUUGGACAUGGAGGAGGAUAAAUCAAGGUGGCGAUAUGUGGAGGAAAUGGUGGCCACGGGUUGGGGGUGGCAGUUGGCGAUGGGGAAGGGUUGGGUUGGGUUGUGGUGGGAGUGA